AUGAUACAGGUUAUGGAGACAGAUAGAGGGAUGAAUUCAACAAUCAGUGCAACAAAUUUCUCGGGUGGACGAUUCCAGUUACGUUUCCAACAAGAUGGAAAUCUUGUUCUUAACACUCGAGAUAUACUUUCAGGUAAUGCUUAUGAUGUUUAUGAUUCCAGUGGCACAUCUGAUGCUGCCAAUUCCACAAAUUCCGGUGAGAAAGUGAUUUAUGAUGCAAUGGGAUGCAUUUAUAUAUUGAAAAGAAAUGGCGAAAGAUUUGGUCUUACACAAAGAGACACAGUUCCUUCUGGAGAUUAUUAUUAUUAUAGAGCUACUCUAGAUUAUGAUGGGGUUUUUCGUCAAUACUACCACCCUAAGAAUGCAACUGGCAAUACAAGCUGGGAAGUAAUAUCGUUUAUGCCAGAAAACAUAUGUAAUAUCCGUAUGAGGACGGAUAGCGGAGCUUGUGGGUAUAACAAUGUUUGCAGCCUUGAUGGUAACCGCCGAAAAUGUGAAUGCCCACAGGGGUUCUCAUUGCUUGAUCCAAAUAAUCCCAGUGGUGAUUGCAAGCCUGAUUUCACUCCAACAUGUGAUCAAGUUGAGUCCAAUAAUGGGGAAGACCUGUUUGAUUUCAUCGAGCUUGAUAAUAUUGAUUGGCCAUUUUCAGACUAUGUGAAAAUGGCCCCGAGUGAUGAAGACACCUGCAAAAGCGCCUGCUUGGUAGACUGUUUCUGUGCUGUUGCAGUAUACUGGGACAACCAAUGUUGGAGGAAGAGGCUUCCACUCUCUAAUGGGAGGAUGACUGCAGGUGUGAAGCCGUUUGUGAAAUACCGGAUUGGUGGUCCUCCGCCUCAAAUCCCUCCUGGGCUCCCCGGAGAAAAAAAUGAUGGAAGAAGUCUGAUAGUUGUUGGAUCGGUUCUCUUAGGUACUUCUGUGUUUGUAAUCUUUGUGUUGAUUGGUGUGAUUUGUGUGGGUUUCUUUGUAAUCUACAAGAAGAAACCGAGAAACACAUAUUCAAAUAGUAAUGAUGUUGAAACCAAUCUGCCUCGGUUUACAUUUCAAGAACUAGUUGAAGCUACGGAAGGAUUCAAAUAUGAAUUGGGGAAAGGGGCUUUUGGGACAGUCUACAAAGGUGUGAUAGGAAAAAGGACAGUGGCUAUGAAGAAGUUAAAUACGGUUGUUCAAGAUGGUGAAAAGGAAUUCAAAGCCGAGGUUGAUGCUAUUGCAAGGACUCAUCAAAAAAAUUUGGUGCAGCUUCUUGGGUACUGUGAUAAUGGUGAGCAGCGGGUAUUGGUUUAUGAGUUUAUGAGCAAUGGCACUUUAGCGGAGUAUCUUUUUGCAGAAACGAAGCCUACAUGGAGACAGAGGAUUUAUAUUGCUGUUGGGAUUGCUAAGGGACUCGCAUACCUUCAUGAAGAGUGUAGCACCCAGAUCAUUCACUGUGACAUAAAGCCUCAGAAUAUACUUCUUGAUGAUUACUUGAAUGCUAAGAUUUCUGACUUUGGAUUGGCAAAGCUUUUGAUGAUGAAUCAAAGUCAUACAAACACUGGAAUAAGAGGAACAAAAGGUUAUGUUGCUCCUGAAUGGUUUAGGCAGAUGCCUGUCACAGUAAAAGUUGAUGUGUAUAGCUUUGGUGUGUUGCUGCUAGAGAUCAUUUCAUGCCGAAAGAGCUUGGUUUACGAGAGUGGUGAGAAAGGGGUGGCAGUUUUAACUGAUCUUGCAUGGGAUUACUAUCAAGAAGGUCGAUUGGAUACAUUUGUUGAGAACGAUCUGGAGGCAUUGGAUGACUACAAGAAACUUGCAACUUUUGUCAUGGUUGGCCUGUGGUGUGUACAAGAGAACUCAUCCAUGAGGCCAACCAUGAGGAAGGUCAUCCAGAUGCUUGAAGGAGGAAUUGAGGUGGCAGAACCUCCAUGUCCAUGUUCCUUCUCUGUUACCGGUUACUAG